AUGUCGGCCGCAGACCUCGUCACCGUCCUCGCCGAAGGCACAUUCGAAGAGCAGAUCGUCGAAGUAUCCACCUUCCUCUCGCGCUCCCAACCCGAAGCCUCUCGCAACGACUUUAUCUCCAAGUUCCAGCAGCUCGCUCUCGACGCCGAACCCAGCACUACCGCCGAAUCUGCUGAGACCACCACCACCCCCUCCGACGCAGCCAAGAAGCAGCAGACCGUAUCCCAGCUCGUCUCUGAGAUCAGCUCGCUCGGCGAAGGAACUGAUCGUGAACUCGAAGGCGUCUACAACCUCAUCUUCUCCCUCGUCUCGUCCACUCAACAGCAAUCUCAACUUGUUCCCGCAUUGAUCUCUGCCAUCUCCAAAGAUGCUUCUUCCAGCAGUGCCGACAGCAAGAACAAUGUCAAGUACCGAAUCCUCUCGAACCUGUUCAACUCUCUCGAGCCCACGUCGCCCUUGCGUCUGCAGACGUUCACCGCUCUGCUCUCGUUGGUCUCGGCGAACGACGAUCUGGACUACCUCACUUCGGCGCUCGCUGCACUUCCGCAGUGGUUGGCACAGUGGUCGGUCUCGGAAUCCGAAAAGGCUGCCUGUCUCGAAUCCGUCGCAAAGGCUCUCGAGGGUGCCGAGAAGGAACACGGUCAGACCUCGAAAGCGUAUCAGUUCCUGCUGCUCCACCUGCGCUACAUCUCUACGCUUCCUGCUUCCGCCUCCACCAAACAGGCUGCCGAACGCACCGUCGCCGCCGCCCUCCGUCUGCCCCAGCUGUACGAGUUCGAAGACCUCAUCCACAUCCCCGCCGUGCUCGAGCUGAAAUCCUCCGCCUCCCCGCUCUUCGACCUGCUCAAGAUCUUCGUCGGCGGCUCCACACAAGACUUCACCUCCUUCUCCUCCUCCAACUCGUCCCUCUUCGCCUCCCUCAACCUCUCCUCCGACGACCUCUUGCACAAAAUCCGUCUGCUCGACCUCGCCGACCUCUGCGCUCAAUCGGUUUCCAGCGACGUUAGCUACGCCUCCAUCGCUUCCACCCUCAAGAUCGAGGAGGACGAGGUGGAGCUCUGGGUGAUCGACGUCAUUCGUGCCGGUCUGGUGAGCGGAAAGCUCAGCCAGGUGAACGACGCGUUUAGGGUGUACAAGGCUACCCACAGGCAGUUCGGCAAGGAGCAGUGGCAGGGCUUGGAGAAGAGGUUGGUUCAGUGGCAGAACAGCAUCAACAGCAUCGUAGAGAGCAUCGCUGCUACCAGGGGUGGAAAGUUGCCAGAGGGUGCGCUCGAGGUUGCUGCGUAG